AUGCCUCAGAUACAAAUUUUCAGUGUCAGAGGAGCUCUUUUAGUCACCAUUCAAUGUUCAACCGGUGAUACGGUCAAGGAAUUGGUGAAAAAUGCGAUGGAAUCGAAGAAACUUCGAUUUGAAGAGGCCAGGUGUCUAAAACAACAAGAAAAAGAUGGAAAUUGGGCUAAAAUCAGGUGGAAAGACAAGGUUGGCGACGAUGAUAGUGUCUAUCGGAUCACUAAAGACCCACAGAAGGUAAAAUCAUUGAGUUUAUUUUGGCUAUUUUUCAUUAGUUAUUGUUGAAACAUCGGGUUCGAGUUGUUGAUUACGAUGGGGAAGAAGUUGCUCUUCUCCCCACAAAAUCCGGGAAAUUUGUGAGAAAUAUUGUGGAUGACGUCUGUAGGCAACUGGACAUCGAGCUGAGGCAUGUCUAUGUGGUUGAAUUGAUGAGAAAUGGAAAGAUUUCUGUUGCGAAAAAGAAUGAGGAAUUGGGCAGAAACGAUUAUUUGAUGGUUACGGUGGACGCGGAGGAGAGGGUAAAGACGUUUUCAGAGGUUUUUAAGAUGAUUGUAGAAGCACUUGGAUUGAUGUGAAUUUCAGGAAAGUGUUGUGCUUGAAAAGGCGAGCCGGUUUUGCCAAAAUGUCUGACGUCACUCACUUUGAAGGAACUUUUACUCAAUUAUAAGCAUGUAAGUGGAUGGUUUGGAGUUUGGGUUACGGAAUCGGGCCGGAUAGGCGUCGCACAUCAACCACAAAAAAAAAAGUUUCAAAUCGGGAAAACUGUUUGCAUAACUUUGUUAGGGUGCCCAAGGGUAGCUCAAAUUAAAAAUUGGAAACGAGUCGGACUGACCAAAAAAUAGUAGUAGUAGAAGAUUUGAAAACCUUAUUUUAGACAUCUUUUGCUGCUAAAUCGUUUCGUAACGAAGCAAUUGCCUAAAUUCUUUUUUCUGCGAGCAUAAUUAGAGUAGUUUUAGAGAACUAUAAGCAACCCUAUGUCAUAUACUAGCUUACUCACUCAAAAUUCCAAAAAAACUGAUAUUUAGGUGACUAAAAUAAUAUUUUUAAAAUCGGUAAAUUUUGACUCAGCUAGGUCCACUAUGAUCUAAAAAGACAAUAAGAGCAUAAUUAGUGGCAUCCGCACCAGUUUAGAAGCUGUUCUAAGAACCUUGUUUUAGGUGAUAUUGGCCAUUUUUGAAAUUGGCGCAGCGAAGUUGAAACUAACUCCAAAACCUCAGUAUAGCCUUAGAAAGCCAUCUCAACUCACAUAUAUAGUUUUAAAACUUUGACUUCAGUCAUAAACUUUCAUUAUUUUUUGUAUAAGAUCAGGUAUGCUACUAUAAGGUAAAACUUUUUUUCGGCCUAAGAGUUAAAAUUUUUGCAAUUAAUCUGCCUUAACAGGAUGUUAUGAGAUAAUAUAGUUAAUUAAUUAGACUAUUUAACGCUGUCGGACAUUAAAAGUUGCCUAAAGUAAUAUAAUCCAUAAGGUAAAAAGCUUAAAAUCGCAUCUACUUUUUUAUUAUCUGUCCGAUUUGCCUCAAAUUUCGCAUACUACCUUAGAAUACAAUAUUCUGAAGAUCGUUGCAAUCAUUUUCCGUGUUUCAAUCUUUUUAGACAAGUUAUUCGGCCGCAAAGUUUGCAAAAAUUCGAUUUUCUCCGGCCGUUUGUCGCUAACCUGUUGGCCGAAGAACGCCAAAAUCUAUUAAUUUAAAAAAUAUGGGUCCUUGGCAAUGUUUUAAUCGCAGGUUCAUGUUAUUUUGUUCAUUACCCACUGCACAGUAAGCUAAAACAUUAGAGACCCUUAAAAAACCGAAUGCCAAAAAUCUUGGCAUUCUGUUUGUGGUUGAUGUGCGUCGCUUGACUUUAAUUUUUAUGUUUUGGGCCAUUUGUUUUUUUUUUUAUUUUUUUUCUGGAACUCAUCUUUCUGGACCAAAGUACAGUGGAGGACCUGAUCCAGUGACAAAAAACGUACCAUUUUGCAUCCGGGAAGUAUCAGAAAUGUGGCAAAAUACCUCCCUCUCCAAGUGAGAAAACUUCAAUUUAAAAAUCGCGCCCGUUCUUUUUGUGAGGGUCUAGGCGGGCUUCGAAACGUAUUUUUAGUUGGAGAAGGAGAAAUUUUGCUACAUUUUUUGAUACUUCCCGGAUGCAAAAUGGUACGUUUUUUGACUGUGGAUCAGGUCCGUCACUGUAGUCAGAAGAGCCCUGAGAUUUUUAAUUAAAUUGCGACCUUUAGCUUAAAUUUGGAUGGAUGGGAGAAAAUCAUGGCCAACGUGGUUGGUUAAUUGUCUGAAAAAUUGACUCACUCAGUCAGUUUUGUGGCCUAAAAUGACACUCUAUGAUCGAUAGCAUCAACUUUCAAAAGUUUGAUACGAAAAAGACUUGGCCUCUUUUUUCUCUGACUCUCUCUCCUCAUUUCACUGACUUUCUCGUUUGCAAAAUUUGUCGAAAAAUUAAAAUUUUACCUUGCUUUUUAUUCAGCCCAAAAGUGACGGAGGGGGAUCGACCACGAUAGAUCUGGACCCCAAAGAAUUACUGAGGAAAUUGGAAAACGGGGAGCCCGCUACGAAAGCGGAGACACGUCUCCUCGCGAAAUGCACCGUCCCUCCGCUGCGGGCUCACUGUUUGAAACGAGAUAAACCCGCUCGAGGCGAGAGUCGACUCUACUAUUCCAAUAUCUUGAAGCCAUACCCUCAACUUCACGUUGUAAGCCAUAUUUGGAGUUUUUCCACAAAAAAUUUAGGUCGAUUUUGUCUCCGACAAUGUGAACGGCAGUCUGAUUAAUGACAUUGCGCGGACGGACAACAUUGUAAUCAAUAAGAAGCGAAGAGCCAUGCUUCAGGCCAUAAAAAGCUGA